AUGACAUGUUCUUCUUGUUCUUCUUCUCGACCACAGCACUUGUUGUUGUUGUUCUUCUUCUUGUUCGUUCCAUUUCUCAGCUUAGCACAACCAAUCACCACAAACAUUAACAGUUAUAUUUGGAACCUUACUUCAAAAGCAACAUGUUUAUCCCCCCAACAAAGCAACUUCUCCGGAUCUUUAUUCUCCAACAACCUUAACCGUCUUGUCUCUUCAAUCCCUUCUCGCCAGCCCAACACCUACAACUUCUACAACUUCUUGGUCGGAGAUCAAGAACGUAUAGAAGCCAUGGGACUCUGCAACAGAGUAGUCACGCGAGGAGAUUGUCUCAACUGUAUUUUCCAAGCUGCAGUAAACCUAACCACAACGUACUGUCCAGCUCAUAGAGAAGCUUACGUACGUGCCACGAAAUGUAUGUUUCGUUAUUCAGACAAACCUAUUAGAGGGAAACUCGAAAGAGUCCCUGUCUUGGAGGCUCCAAACCCUAAAAACGCAACGGGGGAUAGAAAGGAGUUUAUCCGGUUGCAGGGCGAGUUACUUAACCGACUCAGACAAGAAGCUGCAUCAGGUGGAAUUAAGAGGAAGUAUGCUCAAGGAAAUGGUACUGGUCCGAAAUCUAACACGACAUUCUUCGCCUCCGUGCAGUGCACGCCAGAUUUGUCUGAGAAAGACUGCAACAAUUGUCUCAACUAUGGUUUUGGAAAUGCGACGAAAGGGAGAUUAGGGCUUAGGUGGUUUUGCCCUAGCUGUAGCUUUCAGAUAGAGAGCAACUUAAGAUUCUUCCGUCUGGAGAGGGAGUAUGAGUCUGAUCUACCAAGAAAGCCAAGACCAGGACAGAGUAAAAGAAGAAGAGUUCUGUUUGGAUUGGCAAGAACGAGAAACAACUACUUAUCCAUGACGAGACAGAAGGUGUUGUCUGUUGAAUAA